GUACUAUAAUAAUAAUUUAGAGCACAUUAAAUAAAAAUUCAAUAGAAUAAAGCCAUUUAUUGUAACUAAGGCAUUGCGUGCAAAUUCAAUCAACCCCAAAACAGUAAACAAUAAUAACCGAAAUUAAUCGAUAAAAAUGUUUGAUCACAAACUUUCUUUGAAUCAUAUCUUACUAUAUUUAUUCUCCAACAAAAAAUAAACAAAGUGUAUUUUACACAUAAAAGGAAUGGCGACAUAUUAUUUCGUUAUCGUUGGACACGAAGAUAAUCCUUUAUUUGAAAUGGAAUUUUCUACAGUCAAUAAAGAAAUGCGCAAAGAUGAUAGUCGCCAUUUGAGUCAAUUCAUAGCACACGCUGCAUUGGAUCUGGUGGACGAGCACAAGUGGAGAACGGGUAACAUGCAAUUGAAAUCUAUUGAUAGAUUCAAUCAAUGGUUCGUAUCCGCCUUUGUCUCCGCCAGUCAAGUACGCUUCAUCAUUGUGCAUGACAAUAAGAAUGAUGAUGGUAUUAAAAAUUUUUUUAAUGAAAUGUAUGAAACAUAUAUAAAACAUUCCAUGAAUUCGUUCUAUAAAAUCAAUACGCCUAUAAAAUCGCCAGUUUUUGAGAAGAAGGCACAGUUGUUCGGCCGAAAGUGUUUGUUAUCUUUGUAAAUUUGUGUGUAAUAAUAAAUAUAGUAAAUAUAAAUAUUAGUAA